AUGCAUAAGCGCUCUUUUACUCCGAUCGCUGGAAGUGGUGCGGGUACUGGAGGCGAGUCUGGUAGCGGAGAUGGUGGCAACCGCAAGAAGGGUGGCAAGCAGAGCAAGGAGCUCACAAAGCCCCAAGUGCCAGAUGUCUACCCGCAGGUGCUAGCAAUUCCGAUUGCGCAACGCCCGCUGUUCCCUGGCUUCUACAAGGCAAUCACAAUUAGAGAUCCGAAUGUCAUCGCAGCAGUUCAGGAGCUGUUGAAGCGAGGGCAGAGCUAUGUGGGCGCAUUCCUGCUCAAAGACCAAGAGAGCAGCCAAGAUGUCAUCAACGACCCCAGCGAGGUUUACGACGUGGGAACUUUCUGUCAGGUCACAGGCGCCUUUCCUGCUGGACAUGGCGAGGAUAAAGCUUUGCAAGCCGUCUUGUACCCACAUCGGAGAAUCAAGUUGAGCGAACUGAUCCCACCCAACCGAGGCGCACCUGCAGCCCCAGAACCAGAAUCACAAGUGGCGCAAGCGACCAUUGAAAGCGCAGUGCCAUCAGAAGAGCAAGGCGAGAAGCCAGAGACGGAAGAGAAGAAAGGUGGCGUGACAGCAAGCUUCGAGGAGCAGACGCCUGAGAAGGAGAAGGAAAAGUCUGAGGAAGGGGUCAAGGCUGCGAUCCAGCCUACGGACUUCUUGCGAUCUUGGCCCGUCAGUCUGGUGAAGGUUGACAAUCUCAAGGACGAGCCUUUUGACAAACGAUCGGAGACCAUCCGAGCACUGAUCUCUGAAAUCGUGAAUACUUGCCGCGAAAUUGGCAAUGCUAACCACUUGUUCCGAGAUCACGUCUCUGCUUUCGCCAUGUCACAGUCCGCCGCGAACAUCGCCGACGAACCCGCCAAACUUGCAGACUUCGCAGCUGCUGUAUCAGGAGGGGAGAUGGAGGAAGUGCAAAGCAUUCUUUCUUCCUUGAACAUCGAGCAGCGUCUCAGCAAGGCGCUAGAAGUUAUCAAGAGGGAGCACAUGAACGCGCAACUCAGCAGCAAGAUUUCAAAAGAUGUGGAGAGUAAGAUUCAGAAGCGCCAGCGAGAGUAUUGGCUCUUGGAGCAGAUGAAGGGCAUCAAGCGCGAGCUUGGUCUGGAAAGUGAUGGCAAGGAUAAACUGGUUGAGAAGUUCAAGGAGAAGGCCACCAAGCUGGCCAUGCCUGAGCCGGUGAAGAAGGUCUUUGAUGAAGAGCUAAAUAAGCUCACCCACCUCGAGCCUGCUGCAUCUGAGUUCAACGUGACGAGAAAUUACUUGGACUGGCUGACGCAGAUUCCAUGGGGUCAACGAAGCGCCGAAAACUUUGGUAUCCAGCACGCUCGUGAUGUCCUGGACGAAGACCACCACGGUCUGAAGGACGUUAAAGACCGCAUCCUCGAGUUCAUUGCUGUUGGUAAGCUUCGCGGCACUGUCGAAGGCAAGAUUCUUUGCAUGGUCGGCCCACCUGGUGUUGGAAAGACAAGUAUUGGCAAAUCGAUUGCCAGAGCUCUCAACCGACAAUAUUACCGCUUUAGUGUCGGUGGUCUGACUGAUGUCGCCGAGAUCAAGGGUCACCGAAGAACCUACGUCGGUGCUCUGCCAGGCCGCAUCAUCCAAGCCUUGAAGAAGUGCCAGACCGAGAAUCCGCUCAUUCUGAUCGAUGAAGUUGACAAGAUUGGCCGUGGCCAUCAAGGAGACCCGUCAAGCGCACUGCUGGAAUUGCUGGAUCCUGAGCAGAACAAUUCUUUCCUCGAUCACUACAUGGACGUGCCUGUGGACCUUUCAAAGGUGCUCUUCGUGUGCACAGCCAAUAUGACUGACACGAUUCCACGACCACUUCUGGACAGAAUGGAAAUGAUCGAGCUCUCUGGAUAUGUCUCCGAUGAGAAGAUGGCUAUUGCUGAGCGUUACUUGGCACCACAAGCCAAGGAGCUGUGCGGUUUGAAAGAAGUUGACGUCAAGCUUGAGCAAGAAGCCAUCACCGAGCUCAUCAACAAAUACUGCCGUGAGUCUGGUGUGAGAAAUCUCAAGAAGCAGAUCGAGAAGGUCUAUCGCAAGUCAGCACUUAAGAUCAUUCAAGACCUUGGUGAGGACGUUCUCAGCGAAGAUAAGGCACUGACCGACGAAGGCAAGGCAGCUGCUAAGGAAUCCGAGAAAAAUAAUUCCGAAGUCAAGGACACGCCUGAGAACAUCGAGAACGAGACGACUGAGAAGCCACGUGUGGCGCUCAAGGUGCCCGAUUCAGUGCAUGUCACCAUCGGCAAGGAUAACUUGAAGGACUACGUUGGACCGCCUGUCUUCACUUCCGACCGACUUUACGAUGUCACUCCCCCUGGUGUUGCCAUGGGUCUUGCAUGGACGUCAAUGGGUGGCGCAGCGCUAUACGUGGAAUCCAUCCUUGAGAACGCGCUGUCAUACAACUCACGACCAGGCCUGGAACGAACAGGAAACCUGAAGGCCGUUAUGAAAGAAUCAACACAGAUUGCAUACUCGUUCGCGAAAGGACUUUUAGCAAAGCAGUUCCCAGGUAACAAGUUCUUCGAGAAGGCACGGAUACAUCUGCACUGUCCCGAAGGUGCCGUACAAAAGGAUGGUCCUAGCGCAGGUAUCACAAUGGCUACCUCACUAUUGUCCCUGGCAUUAGACAAACCUUUGGAUCCUACGAUCGCAAUGACCGGCGAAUUAACAGUAACUGGAAAAGUGCUCAGAAUCGGUGGCCUGCGCGAGAAGACGGUCGCUGCACGAAGAGCAGGCGCAAGAAUGAUCAUCUUCCCUCGGGACUGCAUGAGUGAUUGGAUCGAGCUGCCAGAGAACAUCAAACAAGGCAUCGAAGGCAAACCCGUCGACUGGUACUCCGAUGUCUACGACCUCGUCUUCGCAGACGUCGAUAAAACCACCGCCAAUGAACUUUGGAAAAAAGAGCUCGCCAAGCCACCGAAAGAGGAACGCGAAAAGGAAGAAGAUGAUUGAAAGAAGAAAGAAGAAUUACCAGCCUCUUUCUUGUAAGAUAACUAUAUGUUCACCUACCUGUAGUUACGCGACCACGUCAGCAUUGGGUGAUGGCGCCCUGGGAGUUGCCAUGCCAGAGCGGAUGUCGAAUUUCCUUAACUCCGCUCUUUGUACAUAUUACUCGCGCCGCAGCCCGCCGGGGGAGGACAGAGGGCGGUGGGAAUGACUUAGAUAUCAGAAGUAGAUCAUGCAUGUAAAGUGGAAAGAAAGAAGGAUCGUGAAGCAU